GGGAGGUGACCUGAAGCAGCCGACUUUCGGCACACUUCCCGGCACACACAGCCUCGCUAGCUGCAUCCCGCGUCCAGCUUGCCUGCCCCACCUUUUUUUCCAUCGCAGCCCCACACUUCCGUAUAAAUUCGCAACCAGCAUCUCACCCUCCUCAUUCCUAGGCCACAGAGCUCUCGCCAAAAACUCCGGUGGAUUUUAUUAUUCGCGAACAGGUCCCUCCUUGCCUCUGCCCAUGGAAAGGAGGCAGGGCUUCUUCGCGGCGCUGCGGGAGGAGGUGGCGCGCGGGCUGUCGCCGGCGAGGUCGCGCCGGAGGUCGGAUGCGGUUGAGCUCGCCGCCGUGCUGAGGUUCACCGGAGGGGUUAGUGGUGGUGGUGGUGGAGGAGGAGGCGAGAUGCUGGCGCCGCUGAUGGAGGGGCCCGAUCCGGAGUCCGGCGACGGCGAGUACGGCGGCGGCGGAGGAGGUGGAUCGCGAGCGCGGAAGGAAGGGUGGGGGCAGUGGGUGCGCGGCCAGUUCGCGCGUGCCCCGUCCUCGGUGGCAGCCGCGGCCGCCGGCGCCGGCGCGGCGCGGAACGACCUCAGACUGCUCCUCGGCGUCAUGGGCGCGCCGCUCGCACCCGCGCACGUCUGCGCCACCGAGCCGCUCCCUCAUCUCAGCGUCAAGGAUACUCCCAUCGAGACCUUGUCGGCACAGUACAUCCUGCAGCAGUACCUUGCGGCCUCUGGAGGGCACAAGCUUCUGGUGUCCGUGCGCAAUGCCUACACCAUGGGCAAGGUGCGCAUGGUGGCCACUGAGUUCGAGACCGCCGGCCGUGUCGUCAAGAAUCGUAAUGCUGGACGCGGCGCCGAGCCCGGCCGCUUCGUGCUGUGGCAGAUGGCUCCUGAGAUGUGGUACAUCGAGCUGGCUGUCGGUGGGAGCAAGGUGCACGCAGGGUGCAAUGGCAAGCUCGUGUGGCGCCACACCCCAUGGCUUGGUGCCCAUGCUGCCAAGGGCCCUGUUCGCCCUCUUCGCCGUGCCCUUCAGGGCCUGGAUCCAUUGGCUACGGCCAGCAUGUUUGCUGGUGCACGGUGCAUCGGGGAGAGGAAGGUGAACGGGGAGGACUGCUUCAUCCUGAAGCUGUGCACAGAACCUGAGACCCUCAAGGCACGCAGUGAGGGCCUUGCAGAGAUCAUCAGGCAUGUCAUGUUUGGGUACUUCAGCCAGAGGACUGGUCUUCUCGUGCACAUCGAGGAUUCACAUCUGACCCGAAUUCAGUCAACUACUGGAGGGGAUGUGGUCUACUGGGAGACUACUAUCAAUUCGUUCAUUGAGGACUACCGUCCAGUGGAAGGUAUAAUGAUUGCGCAUUCUGGGCGCUCGGCUGUGACCCUGUUCCGGUUUGGCGAGGUGGCCAUGAGCCACACAAAGACUCGAAUGGAGGAGGCGUGGAGCAUCGAGGAGGUCGCGUUCGAUGUUCCUGGGCUGUCCAUGGACUGUUUCAUCCCACCCACUGAUGUCAAGUCUGGAUCUGUUGGUGAGACCAUGGAGCUUUCUCAUGGCGAGAAGAGCAAGGUCGGUCCUCCCCCUGGCCAUCGUGCUAAAGUUGCUGCACUGGAGAAGGCUGAAGACAAUAAAAUGGCAUGGAGCGGAACCAUACUCGAUGAUCACAAGUGAUCUGCAGUCUGUUCAUGUUUGGGUUCUUACAUUGCAGCUGCUGACUGUUGAAUCUAGUGUAGGAGAGAAACAAGUGAAAUGAGGAUUUGGAGUUUGGUAAAUCCAAAUACCUGCUGUGUAUAGGAAGCAUGAGACACUCACAAGGUCUUGUGUAUGGUUCAAGAGGAUCUGUGUGAAGCAUCAUACUCUCAUCCAGAGAUAUAGUAGUAGGUAGCCGUGUUUGCUACUUCAGAGUUUUUUUGUCAGUGCUUAGUGAAAGAACUUGGGUGCCGUUCCAACCACAUGAGAAAGGUCAUUGUGGUGUUGCCGUUCGUUCCCUUGUAGCGAAACUAAUCGGUCACUGUUGUCAACGGGGAAGAAGGAUUUCCUCGCCGGCAACUGACAGCGACUUAGUUGCCAUUGCAUCCGAUUGGUGGCGGUUCAGUGUGCUUUGCUUGGUGAUGGUCUCUGGUCAGGCUAACUUGUCAGAAAAAAGGUAGAACAUCUGAAUGGUUGUUACUUGUGUUUUAUUACCGAGUAGAACCUCUGGAUGGUUGUUACUACUUAUCAGUGUCUCUACAGUUAGUUUUUGUUCCUGAACCUCAUCCUACCUUCACAUCUCUCUUUAUUUGUCAUGAGAUGAAAAGGUUGAUGUAAGUUCAAACAUCUUGAGUGCCAUGGAUUGAACUGUGUUUUUUAUGUCCUUAGGAAUGAAUGAUUCAGGCUUUUUGAGCGUUUGAA